AUGGCACCAAGCGCAACCAACAAUGGCCAUCGUGAGACAAACGGGCAUGUUGCCAAGCGGCCCAUCAACAUCGCAGGUUGCUCUGGAGGUCAGUCUCGUUUAUCAGAAGUUCGAUGUGAGAAACCAGCCCUAACACCCUCAGGUGUCUACGAUCGCAAAAGAGCUAUUCAUGACAUGGCAAAGAAUGAAGACGUUGAUGUCAUUACCGGCGAUUGGAUGUCUGAGUGUAAUAUGACUCUCCGCGGCUCCGACAAGCGUGACAGACUCGCCCAGAAAAAGAUGUCUUCUGGCUCGACCGUCGUCGCCAAGGGAUACGAGCCGUACUUUUUGGACGAAUUGGACCCUGCGAUUCCUCAUCUCGCGAGCCGGGGAAUUAAAAUUGCUGUCAACGCCGGAGCAAGUGACGUCCAUGGCCUCGCUUUGGCUGUCAAGGAGCUGAUCAUGAAACACGGCGUCGACCUGAAGGUUGGCGUGGUGGAUGGCGAUGAUGUGACUGACGCUGUCCUGGAUCUGUAUCAAAAGGAUCCCAUCGCUGCCAUCGACGAAAAAGGAGAGGCCAUUAUCACCAUGGAGAAAGGCAAACAUGGUCUGGUCAAUACGCAGACUGUCGCUAGUCAGCUCCUGUACGAGAUUCAGGGACCUUUGUAUUACAACUCGGAUGUCACAGCCUCCAUCGAAGACAUGUAUCUCCAGGAAAUCGGCGAGAAUGCCGUGCACGUCUCAGGCGUGAAGGGUUUACCACCUCCUUCUACGACGAAAGGAAGAAGCCACUGUGAUAUGCGAAUUUUCGCCCAGACGCGCGACCCGGAUCUGCUUUCGGGAAAUAACUUUGUCGAUUCGGAUCGUGGCUCCUUCGCGCGAUUUUGUAUCGAGAACCUUCUUCAGGGUUAUCCGGGUAGCACAAUGGCGCCAGACAUGCGCACAGCCAUCGGAAGGCCAUUUUUUGAAUACUGGGUCAGCCUGCUGCCACAAAAAUUCGUGAAUGAGACGGUGCAUCUGCCAGACGGUAGGGUCCUGGACAUCCCGUCACCGGUGGUGACAAGAGAGUAUGCGCGCGAGCAACCCAGUUACGAGACCGAGUCCCCUGCCAACCUUGAGGAUUUUGGGCCGACGACAAGGGGCCCCAUCGGCUGGGUGGCCAUGGGACGUUCUGGCGACAAGAGUUCCAAUUGCAACAUGGGCCUAUUUGUUCGCCACGACGACGAAUGGAAUUGGCUGAGGACCAUCAUGACCACUAAACAGUUGAGAAGAAUGGCCGCAGAUUUCUUUAAAACGCAGUGUCCUAGACCUUUCAUCAUGCUGGAGAGCUCGGCACAGGCAACGACAACUGAGAUACCCAAAACCAUCAUCAUGUACAGUGCUAUAAUCUUUGGCAUUGCUGCUGCUGUGUUCGUGGCGCCCGAGUCUACACUGGCGUCCCUGACGUCCGGUGACCAAAUUGCGCGCGUCCAGCUUGGCCCUAGCGACCUCCGUCAUCUCAAUACUGUAGCAAGAGCCAGGAUCCUUCGGGUGAGCACCGCAGGACUUGCUGCAGACCUCCAAGAUGUGGACCAGGACUACCCUACGAGGAUGGUUCAACAGCGAGAGACGCGGAACCUCAUCCGCGGCAUUGACAUGGAGAGAAUCGCCAACAACAUGGAGGCUUUGGUCACGUUUCAGAACCGAUAUUACCAAUCGGAGCAUGGUGUCGCUGCCUCGGAGUGGAUCUACCAGGAGAUCAAAAGAUCUCAGAAGGGAGAAGCAAGAAGAGAAAGACUAUCAUUGUCGGAGCUCAUCUCGAUGCAAGCAACAAGUUUGUCGCAGAGAGCGAGCGGGAUACAGCAAGAGCUCCCGGUGCAAAAUCGUGUUGUUUUUCAAUUCUACGCUGCUGGAGACGCCGGGCUGAAGGGCAGCCUGGACAUCUUUCAGCAGUACAAGAACCAAAACAUAUCAGUCGCCGCCAUGUUGAAUCAAGACAUGGCGGGAUCCUUCCUGUCGGAACAGAGCCUACCAGACUAUUUCAACAUCGUCAGCACAGGCACCUACGAUCCUCUAAAUGGCUUUCUAAAGCGAGUGAUUCGCGAGUGCCUUUAUACAGAACCCAUGGAAGGGCUCUGA